AUGCUCAGCUUGUACGAAGAUCAGCCAUACUUGAAGGCUUUGUGCAAAGGCCUUCAUCAAAUCACUCCUCCUGCGCCUUCCUCCAAGCCCUGGCACAUACUUCGUCCUAAGAUUCAACCUAGGCCUGACGCCAUGCUCCCCCCUUCGCCUCCACCUUCUCCUUCCCCUAACGGCAAGAUCUCCAAUGAUGAAGACAAGAGAAACACAUACGUUUACAUCGACCACUCCAACUUUUGGAUUUCUCGCAAGAUAGCGACUGGGGAUCAAGAUUGGAGGUAUGAUGUGAAGUCCUUUACGUCCCUCCUUACCUCAAACACUGUGGGCACGGAGACGACGGGUAGUCAUCAUGUCGAAGUCCACAUCUACGGUUAUGUUCCAGACGAUCUCAAGGAACUUUGGAAGAAUGAACACGCUAAGGUUCACAAGCUGAAAAAACCCCAUCCCCUGGAUACUAAAGAGGAGUUGGGCGACGAGAAGAAGGAGACAAAGAACCAGAGGAAGAAGAAGAAGAAAAACGCCGAGAAGGAGGUAGACACGCGGCUUGUGGCCGAUUCGGUGGCGGAGGCUGCCAGGGCCUUGCAUGAGAGGCUGAAGGAUACCCAGAUCGAAUUUGUGAUUGUCUCAGGCGAUAGGGAUAUGCGCCCUGCCGUGAAGAAGAUCAUCAACUAUGGGUACAAAGUCAGACAAGUUCGUUACAGCAUCGAAGCUCGGAGCGACAUACCAAGCGGCCACUUCUUAGGCCAGGAAUUGGGCAAGUUGAAGAAAGCGACAGACAGGGAAGUUGAAGGCCGGUAUAUGGGCCGAAAGGCGAGAGAGAUGAUGUGGUUUCGUCACGGGAUUAUGGGGAAGGGUCGGGCGGCGUUAUCAGCUCUCACAAUUAUUAUCGGUAGUGCUAAGAUUCUCCAAGAGACCUGA